CUCCCCUGUUGCUUCCUUUCCUCAGCCUUCACCUAUUUAACACUCUAUACAGAUAUGGUUCUCCUCUGGGACAGAUUUUUCGAAACGGACAACUAGUUUAGAUACAAGGGUUUUAUCAAUGGAUCCAAACAUUGGCCGGGGGUUCAGGCCGGGGGAAUAACUACUACAGAUUCUCUUAGUGUGGCAGUGCUGGUGGUGUGCGACAGUGGCAAGAUUUGAGCCUGCUCACACUGCACCAUGGGAAAUGAGAACAGCUCUGCAGUUUCGCUGGAGGGCGCAACAGACAAUGUGGUACUCUUUCCUCCUCAGGAAACAGCGCCUGUCUCAGCACACAAGGCUGAAGUUCACAGUGAGAAAGUCAGUCCAGAGGCUGAGAAAUCCACCAGUGCAGAGAAUGGAGUAGUACAUACCGAAGUGCUCCAUCCACUCCACAGUCUCAAUCCUGUGGCAGAGGCAGACAGACGUAGUAACGAGGACUGGAGCACAAAAGAAGAGGAACUUGAGUUUCCCCAUGACUUGCUGCCCAGCAUAGAUCUGAGCACUGAGCUCAAUCUCACCUGGGGAGUGUCAAUCAGAGAAGAUGGAGAGGCGGUUUCCACAGAGAGCUCAUCUCUUCUGCAGCUCCAGUCAGCUGGAAUUAUUCAGGAAAAUGCACCAUCACUCCAGUCUUCAGAAACACUGUUGGACCGUGAGCUUCAAGAAGCCUUUCAGGAAUGUGAGGAACAAAUAGCUUCUUUUGGCUUGUGCUCACACUCAAUCACUUUAUGCAGUACAGAUCAGACUGACAGUUGUCUGUCAGAGGCCAAGUUUGCAACUGAUGAUGAAGAACACAAGAGUGUAAAUGUCAAGGAGGAUCCUAUGUCACUGCCAAUUUCACUUGCAGAAUCUCAAACAGGACGUGACCUGGGUUGCCAUGGAAAUGUUGGGGCACACACUACUGAUUUAGCAUCCUGUACAGAGGAGGCUGUGUUUUGCUUCAGAGAUUAUGUAUUAGGUAAAACACAGCCCGAGGAGGCCAUGGCUGAAUAUCCCGAAGAACAAAGUGAGAAAUUACACUGUGAACCAAAGGAAGAAUUUCAGAAAGUGCCUAAAAUGGAAAAAAGCACUGACAAAACAAAAUCUGCAGAGAGAAAAGAGCACUUGAUAAAGCAUGACUCAGCGACAGAGGCACUUACAGAAACUGAAGUAAGUAAAAUAUCUGAAAUACAGGAUGUACUAGAAGUUGUCAGCUUAAUAUCUCACAAUGACUCUCUAAAUGAGCAGGGUAAAAUGAUAACGGGUCCUGUGGGAGAGCCACAGAUGACACCCGAAUCAGGCACACAAAUUAUUACUACUGUCAUGGAUAAUAAAUCACUAAAAGGAUUUUCAGCAGAAAAUAACACUAAUUAUUGUUCAGUGUCAGAGACCUCUGAUCGGGACGGAAUUCAACUAAACACACAGACAUUGCUGGAGCAGAUGCAGAUUAUUACUCAAACAAAGGUUCCAUCAGAAGCAAAGCCUGAGCUUAUGACAAAAGCAGAUAAUCAAAUUGAGUUGUUAGACACCCAUGGACAGCUGGGGCAUCUCUGCGCCUCACCUCUAGAGUCUUUAUCUAAUCAGGCUCAUCUUACCCCACUGGAGGCUACACCUGCCCUUAAGCUGGACCAUCUGCAAGUAACUGAACAACAGAGUGACUGUAUUGGGGCAGAUGGACCCUGUAAGUCAAUAUCAGAAUAUGCAACCUUAAACCUCAACUCAACAGGAGAUAUUGAACAUGAGAAAUGGGAAUUUAAGUUAUCUACUGAUAGCAUUGUGAUUGAUUUUAGAGAUGUUAAAUCCAGUGAACCUGAGCAUGAAAAGAGAUGCAGUUCAGAGGCAUGCCCACUGAAGGAGGAGGAGGAGGAGGAGGAGGAGGAGAAUGUGUUUUUUAUUGGCAGUGAAGCUGGCACACACACAGUGGUGCGGGGUAAAACACUCUCUCUGAGCAGAACUCAUACUAAAAGGAUAAAGACGGAGGAGGAGAGCGCCCUUGAGAAGACUUCAGCAUCAGCCGUCGAUUUCACACCACCACUGACGACAUCCACAAUGCCAGAAAUGAUAGAAGUGGGAGAGAAGGGAACUGGAGAUUCAGAAGGAGUGAAGACAACAGAGAAAGGACAUUUAGAUCACACCACAGAAUUACAGUGUUCUGAUGGAAAACUGAGAGAAAUUAUUGCAGCAGAAGUGCAUUUAUGUUCGCUAAGCUUUCCAGAGACUAAUAACUCACCUGCAAAGGAAGCAAAGGAGGUUGAAGCAGCAUCUGAGGAGAGAUGGAGUGGCUGCAAAAUGCUACAAAACUCUGAUGAGAAUGAAAAGAAGGGAGGAGGUCUGCCAGCCGAUUGCUCCCUGGGGAUGGACUCACUCUCUGCAGCUAGUGAGAAAGAGACAGGCACAGCCAGUGUCGAGGACAUGACUGUGGCCGCUGCCUUCCCGGAGUUUAACGACAGACAUGAUUGGAAGAGAAAGAGCUAUGAGUCAUUGGAGAAAAAGGGAGAGGGAGGAACAGAGGAGGAGACAGGGAAAGAAAGGGGUGGAACAGAGACGUUAUAUGGACAGGAGGCUCUGUCCAUGACAGUGCUUAAAUCUUGUCCUCUCCAUGACAACGGAGUGACACUGGUGGCACCACAGCAAAGGGGUGAACUCAUUACUUUGGUCACAGAAGACAUAGCUGACACAGCCUUACCUUUGUUGACCAGCAGCUUGAGAAACCCCUCCUCUUCUAUCUUCCCCUUAAACGACACAGAAGCAGAGAGAAAGGAAGCAUCAGAGAAAGCGGCUCAUCUGAAAGAGAGUUUUAAUGCAGUUGGUGAAAAACAGCCAAACAGCGAUAUUUUAAAUCUGCUAUCAGCUGCUUCAGCAGAUGGUAAAGAUCCUGCUGCGCAGACCAGCUAUCAACAGGUACUGAAUACUUCAUGGAUUCAAACUGAAAUUAACAGCAUGCGACAAAACAAGGUGGGGAAAGGAAAAGACACAUGCAAAAAGAGUGAAGGUCAGCAUCCAUUAUCUUCUGCUCAGCUGGACAUGAAGAACAGCACUGGAAGUUUUAACAACAUGGAUGGGGGAACUGGAGACCCUCAAGAUGACCCAGCACACCAGGCGACUGAGUUUGCCUCUCUGCCUCCACUAACUGUUCAUGAGAAUCUGAGGCACCCAGUAAGUGAGACAAGCUUUAGCUUUCAGAGGUUAUUUAGCAACAUAAAACCAGACCCACCCCAAAAAGCAGCUUAUACUAUUUGUGAAAGCACCAGUGAGGCGGAGGUGACAGAAGAAAACAUGAGUGUCAAUGAAAAUCCCGAAAGGCAUAUUGAAGGUGAAAAGGAAAAUGUUUCAAAAGAAAUCCUUUUCUGUCAAAAUCCUGAUCUGCUUCCAAAAAACAAAGAAGUAAAGGAUGGAAUUGUAGUCGAUCAGAGCACCCUAGAGCUUAAAUCUUUGUUAGAGGAUACUAAUGAAACAAACCUUGAACUGCAGGAUAUUGCUAUGGAAGAUGUUGGGAGUGAUAAUACGAACCUUUUCAGUCUUUCUGACCUCAUUGAGCCUGCUGUAGAGAAAAAAACUGAGGUUGUGCUUUCCACCAAAGAAGCCGACGGAAGGGAGGCUAAAUCAGUGGAAAAUGAUGUGAGAGAAAGUUUUGAAGACAAUUUCCAAAGCAUUCUGAGCGACAUUGUACAGCAGGAGUCCAAGUUAGAGUUGAUAACUUCAGAAGGUUCUCUAGAACAGUGUUUAAAAUCUGAAGAAGCACCAUUUUCCUGCACAGAUGGAGAUGGCAUGCUGUCCAGACACUUUACUGAUAGUAAAGGCAUAUCCAAGAAGGACCUAAAGGCAAAUACUGAGCAAGACGGUGCAAUUUCUCUUGGGUGUCCUCAAGCAAAAUGUGAAGAGCUCCAAUAUCAGAUGGACUCCAGUCAUGACACUGGACCAGCUUCAGAAGUUGCCAUGUGUGUUGUGAGUACAAAAGCUCCCACACCUACUGCUAUAAAAGUGUCUAGUACAGUGGAAGGAGGCGUACCCUCUGCCAGUGCCAAUAUUCAAAGUGAUACUAAAGUGCCUAUUGUGCUCAGGCCUCCUGGCCCUAUGAUGAGUCACUGGGAGGUCAUUAAUGACUAUAAUGUUUCUCUCUCAGGAGAGGAAAUGCAAAGCAGACAGGAAGCAGAGAUGAGCAGUAACAUUGCUGAAACUGAUGCAGUAGAAAAAACAGAACCUGGGAAAACUACAGGAGAAAAAAUAGAAAGUUAUACAAGCCUUUCCUGUAUGAAUGCAUUACACCAUGACAUAACUGCCAUGGCAUCUUCUGUGCAGGAUACCAAAUUAGCAUCUAGAGAAGUAGAAGGUACUCAUUUGAUUUCAGACAGCCCACAUGGUGGUGAAAAUACAAAGAAGAGGAUAGAUUAUCUGGUAUUUGAGAACUCUAAAGAUGGAAAACGUGAAGUGGAUGUUAAGCCCUGGGUGCCAGAGAAAUUGUUAAACAUGGGUCACAACGAGGAUCCCCUGUCCUGUUCAAUACAAUCUACUGCUAAAUGCACCAGAAAAGAUGACAUGCUGUCAAGCCAGUCUAUAGACAGUGAAGACAUAUCUCAGGACCAGAUACCAAAUUCUGUAAUACUGGAAAAAUGUUCUCAAGAAAAACCUGAAAAGAACAUGAGUGAGCUGCAAUAUCAAAUAGAUUUAGUUCAUGAGAGCGGAGCAGACUUAAAAGCGGCCUUAAGUGUUGUGUCUUCAAAAGAACUCUCACCUCCUGAAAGAGAUGCAUUUGGUAUGGGGGAAGGGGAACUUUCAUCUUCCAACAUUCAAAGUGAUUCUAAAGUACCUAUUGUCCACCGGCCUCCUGGCCUUAUGAUGAGUCACAGGAAGGUCAUUAAUGAAGAUAAUGUUUCUGUCUCAGAAGAGGAAACACAAUGCAACUAUAAUAAAAUUUGCCCUCAGAACAGUGGAAGUGUUGGUGCAGGAGAUAUGAGAAAUAAGAUUGUGAAAACGGAUACUGUAGAAAAACCUGAAGGAGACAAAAUAACAUCUGAGGAGACAAAAAAAGAAAUAAAUGAAAAAGAAUACAGCUCUUUUUGUAUGAAUGUGUUAAAUCUGGAUACACAAACUGACACUGUUUCAUCUGAACAGGAUAUCAAGAUUGCUUGUAAAGAAGUUGAAGGUACUAAUUUGGCACCAGACAGCUUUCGUAGGCCUGAAAAUGCAAAUAAGGUCAAGUCUAUUAACAGUAAUGACAUAUUCCAAUGGAAAGAGAAAUCAAAUUCUAUAAUCUUGGAGGAAUGUUUCCAAGCAAAACCUGAAGAGAACACGAGUAAGAUGCAAUGUCAAACAGAUAUAGAUUAUGAUAGUGCAGCAGUGUUAGAAGUUGACAUGAGUAUUACGUGUGCAAAAGACCUCACACAUCCUGAUUCAACUUUAUCUGCUAUGGGGGAAGGGGAAGUUUCAUUUUCCACUAUUCAAAGUGAUCCUUUAGAAACACCUAAGGAGCAUUCUGAAACUGUGGACACAAUGAGAGAAAAAAAUGAGACUGAUAAAAGCUCUCACUCUGUCAUGGUAUCUUCUGUACAGGACACCAAGUUAGUAUCUGGAGUCGAAGUGGAAGAUACAAAUUUGAAAUCUGUCACUCUACAUAGUGUUGAAAAGGCUAAUGAGGGGAUUGAUUUUGUGGCACAGGAGGACUCCGGAGAACUAAAAACUGAAGUGGAUGUUCUAACAAGUGAAUCUGGCAGACAACUAAGUACUCAUCACAAAACAGAUCAAAUUACUCACACAAAGGAUAUAACAGAGUCUAGUACUAUAAGACAACGCACUGAUCAAAAUACACUCAGUGACAAUAUACAACACUGUGAUGACAACAAAUUUGAUGACAAACGCGAUGUUAUUUCUAAGAUAAAUGUGUCAACAACAGAUAAAGUUUACAGUUCAUUUGGAUAUGUCAGCUCUGCAUUAGAAAAUAGAAUAGCUGAUAUUCAGUCCUCACCAUCUGGUCAUGAAGAUCUGAAUUCUUUGCUGGAGGUAGAUGCCUCUAAAGCUGAGGAAUAUUAUGCCAUUGAACCUUCCACUGUGAUACAACACUCAGGCCUCAAACCAGCUGCCUCUGAAACCAACCGUGUCCAAGAUCAGGUGCUGAUAGAGGAUACAGGUUGCCUUAUUAAAGAUGAUACAGUUAGAACAAAUAAACCAAAUCAAGAACAUACUAAUGAAGAAAAUCAGGUGAUUAAACUGGAGCAACUUGAAGAACCAGAGUUUGCCAAUGAUGCUAGUCUAUUCAAAGACCAAACCACUAGAGAUAAACUUGGAGAAAUAAUGUGUGAGCAAUUGAUCGAUAGCCUAGUUACACUGGAGGAUCAACUGUCUGGAAACCUUAAAGAAGAGAUAAACAGGCUUGAGAAAACAAACCCUGAACUACAAGAGAGUGACGGAUAUUUGGAGAAGGAAGACGGAAAUGUACAAACUAAUGUUCAACAGGAAUUGAUUGAGGCAACAGAAGAAAAAAAGAUCAAGAAUGAAGAAAAACACUUAGAUGAAAAAGUACCAGAAACAAAAAGUCUUUCUGACUCUGGCUUAAUCCCCACAGGUUUUGUAAAGGAAGUGCAGAGCUGUGAUAGGGAUUUGAUUGAAGCCACUCAGCCAUCCAUGAAUCGGGACCUGGAGCAGGUGACAUGCUAUGAGAGAGACCAGAUGCAAAAUCAAACAGUAUUUAGUGAAAUGGAUUUGGCCCAAAUUACAGAGCUACAAAAACCACAGGAAUGCAUUGAAGCUGCAGAAACAGUGGAAAAUAGAGUUUUAGAGAAGUAUGAUGAUGUUUCUCUAAAAGAAACCAAGGUUAGCUGUCCUAGUCAUGAAGUACAGGCCAAUGGGACUUUGGAAAGGAAAGCUGAAUCUGAACUCUCCUUCAGUAGUUUUGUUAAGAUGGAAAAUGUCACAUUGCUGAUGAAUCAUGACAGUGUCAUUACUGAGGGUGAUGGGUGUCCUGAUGGUACGCAAAAUAAAAGUGAACCCAAUAUAAAUUCAGCAGACUUUGGAAAUGUCUCUUCUAUAAUUAAAGACCUGAAUGAAGAGACAUGUACAGAAGACAGAAAUAAAGCAAACCAGAUUAAGUUGGAAAAUCAAGAAAAUAAAUUCAUGAACAUUUCAGAGAUCAACACUGAGAUGAAAGAAUUAACAAAGACUUUUAUUCAAGCAUCACAAGUAAGUGAGGACAAACCUCACUUGGGCCAUACAAGUAAAUCACAUGUCAGUGUGGGUGAACCCGGACAUCUGGAAAAAAGAAUACCAGAACUCUGUAAAACUGUCGAAAUUGCCAACGGUUUAUCGGAGCCAUGUGGGAAUUCUAACGCCUCACACUGUGCAAACAAAACAGAGGUUCAGUGUUCCAGUGCCGUCACCUUUGGUAAGAACAAGUGUACUGAGGUGUUCCCUAGUGUUCAGUCUGAGGCUAGACUGCCAUCUGUUUACCAAGCUCCUAUUGAGAAACUGGAGAGUGAAAGCAUUGGAAAUGUCUCUCAAGAUAGGGACAAUGAAGAGCUGGCAAAUCACGAUCAAAUUCACAAAAUAAAACUCUCUUCUAUGCCUCUUCAGGGUGAGACCUUGCCUUUGGAGAUGGAGCAACAUAAUAAGGACUCUCUGGAUCCCAAACAUCCACAAAACGACAAGUGUCAGGAUACAUUCGAUCCUGAAGCACUGCAUACUGAAUUUCAUGGCCUUACAACAAGUGCAGGAACUGAAGAGGAGCCCAAAAAUAAAAAGACACAAACAGCUAUUUCAGGAGAGGUCAAGCAGAUGGGGCACAGGAAGGAAGAGAUAAGUGAAUGCAAAGAUGAUGGAAUGGAGAAUGAGACAGCAGAGGGCAGAACACUCACAAAGAAGCCUGGAAAGACUGAGAGUAGGGCUGUAGAGUGUGAGCUUAAAGACAUAAAGCAAGGAAAUGAGAGAAAAUUGCCUAAACACAAGGGGGAUAACUCACUUUCCUUCACAGUCCAAACAGUCAGUGGUGGCACUUCUCUGUUACAAUCAAGUGUCAGUGAUGGAUUGCAGACUGAACAGGAAAAACAAUUAUCAUCAAGCCCCAAUCUCACUGCUGUUGUCACAGUGUCAAGCUCACAGCACCCUUUCCAGACAUUAUUCAAUGCUAAUGCAGACUCUAGUCAUGGGGUUGCCAAUUCCUUUAUUCAGACUAUGUGUGAAAAUGCUUCAGAAGGAUUGAAAACAGAACAUGGCUCAAAAGAUGCAGAAGGGGAAUUCACCAAAGAAGUUCAGAAGGAAAAGUGCGAUGGCAAUGAACACACUGAAAAAUUAUCAACAGAUGAAGACAGGUCAGUUACUCUGAAGACUAGCAUACUAUCAGAUGAGGCUGUUUCAGACAGUCUAGGUGCAGCUGUUAGUCCUGAAAUGGAACUGAAUCAAAAAACACUCAUCUUAGAAGAAUCAUGUGAGAGUUCAGACUGGCUCAGAACGAUGAAAGAGGUUGCAGCUAUAUCUCAGUCUAAACAGAAAUCUAAGCUUGGGACACCUUGCGAAUCUACAGAUAACAGACCUUUUGAGACUCUUGACAUACCUCAGGCUGAACUAGAGUCAGAUUCCCCUGUUAAAGACAGUGAGCACCCAGACCAUCAAGACAAGGAGCAGCCAGAGGAACCUACAGAUAGCAGGCCACUGGUUUCAGAAUCAGCUGAUGGGAGUGAGUCUGUCUUCUCCUUCCCCCCACCGCCUGAGGAGGACGCUUUGCCGCCUGUUCUCCUUGCUCACCUUUUCUGUGACAGCUCUGAUUUCCCCACACCGCCACCCACACCCCCGGACAGCACUCUUCUAGAACCUGAACCUGAGUGUGAACCCCCUGUUCCUCCCCCUGUCCCGGAUCAGGUCCCAGACACUGCAGAAGUCCUCCUUCAGUACGAUCCGCAGCCAGACCCUCCAGCCAGGAGCUCAGACUCUGAUGGCACGUUUGAGACCCCUGAAUCCACCACUCCAGUGAAGACCGCAGCCCCUCCAAUUCCCUCAGUUGAGCAGCCGGAGCCGAGCACACAGUCUCUACAAACCACUACAGACACAGACUCCUGUUCUUUGCCUGCCUCUACUGGAGAUGCUUCUGCUAGUGAGGUGCAAGAUUCUCCUUCUUUCCAUCCCCCCAGUCGCUCCCUCUCCAUUGUUUUUGACGAAGACAAGCCAAUAGCAAGCAGUGGUGCCUACAACCUCGAUCACCUACUUAACACAGAACCCUUAUCAGAACCAGCAUUUGAUUCAGGCUUAUCAGGGCUAGAGAGCCGUACACCCCUAACCCGCUCACUCAGCUUCCAGUCUGGGGAUCUAGACAGCGCUAGCCCAGGAGAUAGGCCUGCAGGGGGAGCAUUUAACAAAGCCACUCAUUCUCGUUCAGAAUCUUUCAGUGUGGGUACAGAGAGCGCUCCUGGAACUCUACGACGGGUCAAAAAACCUCGACCGGGAUCUUUGAAGAAAAAGCCUCUUUCCAGGCAGAAUUCAAACCCUGAGAGUGCCAUUUCCAGAACUGUCUCAUCCAGCAGUACCCCAGAGGUGAAGAAGAAAGGGAAGCCUCUUGCAGAAAGUCCUCUACAAACACAAGAGGAGAAAGAGUGUCCCCCAGCCUCUCCCAGCCCCAGCCCAAGCCCUGCUGACACCCUCAGACGGACCAGAAUCAAGUCUCGAGUAGAGAGUCCUCCACCUGUAGUGGAGGAAAGCAGCCCUGCUCAAGCACAAGUGACUGCAAAAGCCCAGGAAGAGAUUUUAUCAGUUCCUGAGGACGUCUCCCCCAUUCCUGACAGUGCCACUUAUAAAUGGGACCCAGAUAACUUUGAAAACAUUAACCCAUUUUGCACAGGUGGCAGUAAGCUUGCCAACUCUCCUGUCUUGGGUAAGAAAGCUGACUUUAUCCCUGCCCCUGACCCCACCCCUGUUCCUACAGAGGAACCCCCAACUGCUCCUGCACCUCCUUCAGAGAAAGCCUUCAGCACAGAGGAGCAGCCAAUCACAAAGCGGCAGUCUGUCAGACUGGAGUUUGAUUACUCAGAGGAGAGUGGAGAUACACCACAAGACAGUCCUCUGCCUCCCAAAAAAUUGGGCAAGAAGCCAGGGGCCAAGAUGCCUCUUAGAAAAGCAAAGCUGGGCAUUAAAAAAGCGCCCCCACAAACUGAGCAGUUAGACAGUACGCCUGCUGCAGUCCAUUCAAAUGACAAUGAUGACAUUCCCAUUCCCAAAGUAUCUUACAACUUUGAUCCUAACAAAUGGGAUGAUCAUAAUUUUGACCCUUUCUCUUCAGGAAAAGGCAUCCCUAAUUCCCCUCCCAAGUCCAGGGCAAACUUCAAAUUUGAUCCAGACUCGUUUGAUGACUCCAUUGACCCCUUCAAGCCAUCAACAAAGAUGGGAAUUUCACCUCCAAAGGCAGCAUCUUUAGAAAUGUCCAGCAAUGACAAUGAAAUUGAAAAUGACAAUGUUGAUGAGCUGGGGGAUCAAAACCAGAACAAGCCAGUCAAGAACAAGAAAAAGCCCCUCAAAUCUAACACAUUCAGAGUGAAGAAAUCACCAAAGAGGUCACCUCUGAAUGAACAGGUUACACAGCAGGACUCCUCUGGUGAUGCCAUGCCCGAUCACUUUCAGGACCAUGCCACAGAUGAAGAGAAACUAGCCUCCUCUACCAAUCAGAAAUGGGCAGUUCGGCAUGACCUGCAAGCGGAGUUGUCAUCUGACAUCCAGGACUUUCCUCAGCCCUCUGACCUCACUGCCUUUGUCAAUGAGAGCAGCUUACCUGCACAGAACCAUGACUAUGAGAUUGAAUACAUGGAGAAGAUUGGAACGUCCACCCCACCUUUGUCAGUGAAAAAGCCAUCCCUGUACCUAAAUCUGGAUUCAGUGACAGACAGUACAAACCAGGGAUCCAGUAUGCACCACUCAGGAUCCAACUCCCCCUGUACUGGGAGUUUUGAGGAAAUGGAAGCUAAGAUCUCAAUGGAGGGAAAAUCACCUGUGCUGUCAUCUUGUGGAGCCCCGGAGCCUCUAACAGUAGAGAAGAGCAUGAAGCGAGAAGUCCAUCCCCAGAGCCGGGGACAAAGCAAUGAGAGAGAUGGAAUGUCCCCCUCUCAAGGCCCUGUGGACCCCGCAGAUCUGUCCCUCUUAGACAGGCUGAGUGAGUCAGCCACCCCUCUCAGCUACCUGGAGCCUGACCUGGCAGAGACCAACCCCACUGCCUUCGCCCACAAAUUGCAGGAGAGAGAGCUGGCCUCCCCUGGAGACAGUGGUGUGUCCAAAAGCUCCCUAUACUCCCGGACAGGGUGCAGUGAAACUGAAAGCCCUUAUUUCCCCCAAGACCUGGACCAUUCACUGGGUAUAGCAAGAGAAGAGAUUGUUGCCAAGGAAAAAGAAGUACUAGAAUGGCAGAGGAAGUAUGAGGACAGUCAACAGGAGCUGGAAGAGAUGAAGAGAAUAGUUACAGAGUAUGAGAAGACCAUUGCACAAAUGAUUGAGGAUGAUCAGAGGGAGAAGUCUCUGUCCCAUCACACUAUCCAGCAGCUCAUUCUGGAGAAGGACCAGGCGCUGGCUGAUCUCAACUCAGUGGAGAAAUCACUGGCUGAUCUGUUCCGCCGCUAUGAGAAAAUGAAAGAUGUUCUUGAAGGCUUUCGUAAGAACGAGGAGGUGCUUAAGAAAUGUGCACAAGAGUAUCUAUCUCGAGUUCGCAAGGAGGAACAGCGCUAUCAGGCUUUGAAAAUCCAUGCAGAAGAGAAACUGGACAAGGCGAAUGCAGAAAUUGCUCAAGUGCGUGCCAAAUCUAAGCAGGAGCAGGCAGCGUACCAAGCCAGUCUAAGAAAAGAACAGAUGAAGGUGGAUUCACUGGAGCGUACACUGGAUCAGAAGAACAAAGAGAUCGAAGAGUUGACCAAGAUCUGUGAUGAGCUGAUUGCUAAAAUGGGGAAGAGCUAGCUGUCAUAUGAUCCAUAUCCACAUAGGACAAUAUAUGAACUGAAAGAGAGUUGUAAAACACAUUGUGCUGACUAUGUCCUAUUGACUGCUGGACAAAACCACACACUGUCCCCAAAAUCUUAAACACUACUGACAUUCUUCAAGAAACAGAGCUCCUGCUGACUAUAUGGAUAGUCUGGUCACUCUAUCACACCACUGUAACUACUAACCAAGCAUUUUGAUGUUUUAAUGUACACCAAUUGUGGAUAUUUUUGAGAUGUAUCCCCAUCAGUACAGAAGUUUUAUGAGAAUGUGUGUGUAUGAGAGAAAGAAAGAGAGCGAGAGAGAGGGGAUGAGUUUAAUUGCUAUGAUGCCAUGACAGCCACUGAUGGAGCUGACUGUUAAGUUCAUUUCUGUGGUAAUUGCUUUGAACUUGAAAUCUCAAGUGAGGAGUAAGACAUGUCUAUAUAUAUGAUUAUGAAAUGAUUCUAAAAAUGCAUGUGUUAAUUUUUUGUGAAUAUGAGCUGAAUAUAGUAUAGGAACACAAUGCAGGUUUUUAUACUGUUUAAUCUGCUUCCUUGUGUAUCUUUGUAGAUACUCCCUAGUUUAACUCCUUGAUACUCUUUAGCAAAACUGAUGUGCAAUUGUAUUUUUAUUUUAUUUUUUGGAUUUUAUUUUCAAUAUGUUAAGAAACAUAAUGUCCUCUGUCUCUGGUACUUAAAUAUCUAAAUUAAUUUGAAUAGGAUUGUCUCAGUCCUGCUCUGGUUGAUGUGAAACUGUAGAUGCUUCCUUAAAAAGGAGCUCUACUUGGCUACACAGCACCUGCUUACAAAGUGCAAUAAAAGAUGGCAAUAAA